UUUCGAUUACUUACGAAAAGUGUACAUUGUACAACUAAUUUUGAAUCACUUUAUCAAAAAAAAUUCGAUUAAAUUUUUCUACAGAAAAUAAUGCAAUUGCACAAUCAGUUCAUGAUUAUAAAUUAAAUGGAAACGGAAUCAAAAUAAUGACUCUUCGUUGUUAUGCAAUCUUUAAAUUUAUAUUAAAAUUAUAAAUAUCACGAAUGAUGUGAAAAAUAAAUAGUUUUUAUUUCAGCAAUCAUCAGUUAAACACCUGGAAAAAAAAUGCUACGACUUUUGAUUCUACUAUUUGGAUGUAUAUUUGCAUUGUCACAAAAUUGCACAGACAAUGGUUUUCAAGAAUAUAAUGGGCAAAGAGAAAAAACUGAUAAAUACUACAGAGAUGAUGGUACUAUGCCAAUGGUUAAUGGAUUUUAUUUCAAUAAAUAUGACAAUUACAACUGGCACGAAGCAGCGGAAUUCUGCAUGUACCAUGGAAUGCAGCUGGUCACAUUUAAUACAAGAUACGAAGAAUGCUUAUUCGAGAAGGCGAUUGCAAAAUUAGGAUGGACUGGAAGGGAUAUAAACUUUUGGAUAGGUGGUACAAAUUCGGGGAAUUUUGACAAUAAAAAUUACAUGUGGAUGUCCAAUGGUGAGCCAUUCAAGUAUACACAUUGGGGACAAAAUCAACCAGAUAACAAUGGUGGCAACGAACACUGCGUGGAAUGGGUGAAUUAUAAUAAAAACUGGAAUGAUCGCGAUUGCAAUAAGCAUAUAUGGUCUGUUUGCGAAAAGCGUUGCAUGCCAGGUGGACAACCGGACAAGGAAUGUUUGGGUCCGGGGUACCAAACAUGACAAAAGCAGAACUAAACACAACAGCUUCCAAAAUCCCAUUCAAAGAGUACUUUUUUUUCAAUUUUAUUCAAAUUUAACAUGCAUUUCAAUGCAAAUCGGUGUGAUGAAAUUGUUUUCAUUGCUCAAAUAAACGAUUAUUGGUGAAGAAUUGCAAUUGGAAAUGAU